AUGACUGUUUCAGUUUCAGAACUCAAGCUCCAAGAGCCCAUCACACUCCCAUGUGGUCUCACGCUCCCCAAUCGGCUGUCCAAGGCCGCCAUGGCUGAAAGUUGGGCAGAUAACGAAUAUUUGCCUGGCGAAAGGAUAUUUAAAAUUUACGAAAACUGGGCCGAGGGUGGAUGGGGAUCAGUGCUCACAGGCAACGUUCAAGUUGAUGUCAGAUACCUGGGCAGUCCUGCAGAUGUGAGCCCCAACGAGAAUGUCGACAGGGAGAAAAUCCUUGCGGCAUGGAAGAAGUGGGCAAAGGCGGCCUCCAAAAACGGCACGCCUGUUAUCAUGCAGAUCAACCACCCAGGACGACAAAGCCCUGGUGGCGCCGGCACCAGAGGAUAUUUUGAGAAGCCAAUUGCCCCAAGUGCAAUUCCCUUGAAUAUAGGCAAUGGAAUCCUGGCUAGGCUUGCUAGGGCAUUUGUCUUCGGAUCGCCAAGGGAGAUGACUCUUGAGGAUAUCCAACGCGUUGUUUCUCAAUUCGCAGAGACUGCCAAGCUGGCAGCCGAAGCUGGCUUUGCUGGCGUUGAGCUCCACGGAGCGCACGGCUACUUGUUGUCUCAGUUCUUGAACCCGGCAUCCAACACACGUGAGGACCAGUAUGGUGGAUCUGCCAAGAAGCGAGCAAAGAUUGUUGUCGACAUUCUCAAGGCCGUGAGAGAGGUUGUGCCAAAGGGUUUCUGCGUUGGCAUCAAGUUGAACAGCGCCGACUUCAAGAACAAGGAGCAGCUCGCCGCCUGCAUCGAACAGCUUGAAGAGAUUACAGCCGCAGGCGUCGACCUCCUUGAGAUCAGUGGUGGUUCAUAUGAAGAUCCUUCAAUGAUGCAAGAAUCCAGGUCCGCCAGUACUCUAGCCCGUGAGGCCUUUUUCCUCGACUUUGCCAAGGAGAUCCGUGAUAGAUUCAGGCACGUUCCAUUGAUGGUGACGGGCGGCUUCCGGACACGCGAAGGCAUGGAGGCGGCUCUUCGAGAGGACGCUUGUGAUAUUGUCGGCAUUGGCCGACCUGCCGCCCUCAACCCUUUCUUGCCAAAGAAUUUGAUCUUCAAUAAAGAAGUCAAGAGUGAAGAUGCUAUGGCAUAUACGAGAAAGGCGCCGGACUUGUUGCUUCCAAAGCUUCUUGGCGUCAAGGUAAUGGCCGGAGGAGCAGAGACUUCUUGGUAUAUGAAGCAAAUGAGGUCGAUGCCAACAGCAGUUUAG